AUGCAGAAUGCCGGGAGUGGGCUGUCGGGGGGUCCUGGACCGAGGCUCACCAGCCUGCUCUUUUCAGACUAUUUUUCCGGCCCUGCCUUCGCUGAGCUGUUCCAGACCCUACUGGACACGUCCAUGAAUUUUUUUACCGGCUAUCGCCUGGGACCGUCAGGAAACCCUAUGAAUACGCUCUCACAAUUGAUAUUGCAUCGCAUGAUUGAGUGCUUUCUAGUAGGGUCGCUGCUGAACAGUGAGACUUCUCUCUUACAUGAAGCAGGGGUGGUUCACAUGGCGUUCCACUACGUGCAACAAUACCGUUUUUGCUGCUGCUGGGUUACACGGCUGAUGUCCUCACUGGGGCGCACGUUUCUUCCCUCUGGCCUGCGGCGGCUUCUGGGUAGGUCCGUGGCCGGGUUUAUGCCAUUUUCGGUGAAAGGCGACAGUGACUCAUCGCAGACCCUUCCAAUGGAAUACAGUGAAAGCCUGCGAUAUUAUUGUCAAUUGUACAAUCAGAGUGUGCCGUAUGCUGUAUUUGUGAGUGGGUUUGUCUGCGAGCUCACGCAUGCAAUCACCGGGAAUUUGUUCUGGUGCGUAAGGUUCUACGAUGCGCGGCACAAAAGCACGUCGCGGUGGCGCCUGUUGAAGUCGUAUGUAUCUUACUUUACGAGGGAAACCACACAAAUGUUACUUGUGUACUCAGCGCGUGUAGCCGGUGCGUGGGUUGGCCGGUGUGUGACACGCGAACCGACGGGAAGCUCGGUGUUCUGGGGCGAAAGUAUCGCCCUUCUUGCGUUUUCCCCAGUUAUUUACCAGGUAACGAUGAGGCUCGCCGUAUGGAUAUUUGAAACGCUGGAGAAGCUGCAUCCACCCACGCCUGAGGACGAGCAGGAGGACUUGCGCGAGCAGGAGGCAAGAGAAGAAGAGGAGGCAGAGGCGGCCGCCUUCAGAAUACCGUUCACGUCCCCCGGCGACAACAGUGUGCCGAAGCAGGAUCUCUACAAAGUGUUGGGGGUACAGGACACCGCCAGCGCGGAGGAGAUUAAGCGGGCCUAUAGGAAAGCUGCGCUAGCAUCGCACCCGGACCGGGUUGCCAAUGACGCGGCGGCGCAGCAAGCUGCACGAGAGAAGAUGGCGAGUAUUAAUGGGGCCUACGAGACGCUCUCCUGCAAGUCCCGGCGAAGAAGGUACGACAUGGCCCGCGUGAUGGAAACAGAGAUGGGAGAGCCAAGAUGCUUUGGAAAUCUUUCAACUCCAAUGGAGGUGGGUGUCGAGGCUUUUGGAAUUUUGGGGUUGUGUCUGACGGGGGUGCUGCUGCUGUGUGGUGAGUACUUCGCGGUCUUUCAUCAAUUGACUGGACUGGGACGAACUCCUUUGCGAUUUCUCGGCAUUUCUUGA